AAAUUCGAAGUAGAAAAGGAAAUAUAUAAAAAUAUUUUGGGAAAUAAGGAAAAAAAAGGAAAAAAGCAACGAUAGAACAUACCGGUAUAUUAAUAUAUAUAGGUUCUGUAAUAUAGAUAGGGGAAAACUGACCUAAAUCGAGCACGAUGUUAUCUGGUAUUCCUGUUCAAGAUAGCCAGCAGUUCAUCAUUGGGCCAAUGAAUUAUUGGGAUCAAGUGAGGGAAUCAGGGGGUUUUGAUAUCGAACAUAUCACAGCACCUCAAAAUACAUGCGGACUCAUGCCUUACGAUUGUGAAAACGAGAGGAUUAGGUAUCCUAAUCGUGUGUUGGUCAAUCUUUACGCUAGACUCGGUCUCCAUCGUUACAACCUCUCUGAGGGAACAAAUUUAGAGUUUCACCACUUGAAGAAAUUCAACACGAGUAUGACUUUGAUCUCCUCGUACCGCAUCACUUUGGUCGCUUAUGAUCCAGCUACCAAUUCGCUAGUAACCUUUCUGGUUGGACUCUCUGAGCAAAUGUAUGGUCGUUUGAAUUUGAUGGUCUUCAUUGCUAGACCUCAAGCUAAUAGUCCUAGUCCUCUCUUUAAAGAAGCUGUUUGGCCACAGCUUGGUAUCACCAAUGACGCAUAUUAUGACAAGGGAUCCCCUUUCUGGCCGACAGAUUUUGAUGAUACAGAACGAUUCUACCUGCUGAAGGAUCCAGAGAUACAAGGCAACGAUUGGAUUCGUCUAUACUUGGAACUUGCUCUUUGUUCAAAUGAUAGGAACAUUCCCGAAUGGCAUGUAUCCCAGCUACAGAUUGUGAGAGUUGCAGUGGAAACUAUUCAAUAUGUGGUUGUCUCAAAUGUCAAUUUCUACAUAACGUUUAAAGGCUUGCCUGUGGCUCAGGUUGGUGAGGAUGGUGAGCAUGUUGAGCGCAAAGUCAUUGUCAGAAGGUUUGUGGAUCUUUCUACCGGAUACUUCACUCUCAAGGGUGGGUUUGGGUUUUCGGUCGGAGAAGUCGCUAGUGAGGGCCCUAUGACUCGCCUCCGGAACAUGGAAGAAAUUCGCGCUGACCUGAGGCUGCACCCUACGACUCGCCCAUGUCCAGCCAUCCCCAUUGCUGAUUGGUGGAAAAGCUAGAUUAUUAACCUCUACAGGUCUUUCUGCUAAAUAAUUGACUCUCUUUUUUUUUCCCAACUGAAUUUUAUUAGAACAAAGGCCUAAGCCCAUAAAACCAUACAAAGACCCAAAGGUCCAAACACAAA